CUCACCACUCAUGCGACAAUGGUUCCUGGCGACUAGAGGAAUCGCCGGCGCGUGUCGCUCAGCAACCCUCAGCGCCGCACGGUAUGCGGGAGCUGGACCAAGAGCUGGGAAUGGAGCAGGCCAGCGCAGGGCGGCGCACUCGCUCCACGAUCCUGUCGCGGUCGAGCAGCGCAUUGCGAAGAUACCCAUUGAGCGCUUCCGCAACUUCUGCAUCGUCGCACACGUCGACCAUGGCAAGAGCACGCUCAGCGACCGCCUCCUCGAGUUGACCGGCACCAUCCCCACCGGCGGCAACAAGCAGAUCCUCGACAAGCUGGACGUCGAACGCGAGCGAGGCAUCACCGUCAAGGCGCAGACGUGCUCCAUGAUCUACCGCCACCACGACGGCCUCGAGUACCUGCUGCAUCUCGUUGACACCCCGGGCCACGUGGACUUUCGCGCCGAGGUCAGCAGGAGCUAUGCCAGUUGUGGCGGCGCGCUUCUGCUGGUCGACGCCUCGCAGGGCAUCCAGGCACAGACGGUGGCCAACUUCUAUCUCGCCUUUGCGCAGGACCUGACGCUGGUGCCGGUGCUGAACAAAGUCGAUUUGCCGACCGCCGACACGCAGCGCACCAUCGAGCAGCUCCGGGACACCUUCGAACUGGAUUCUUCCAACGCCAUCAUGGUCUCUGCAAAGACGGGAUUGAACGUAGCAAAGCUGUUGCCGCAGAUUGUAACGGACAUACCUGCACCCGUAGGUGACGAGAACGGUCCACUCAAAUUGCUGCUCAUUGACAGUUGGUACGACAACUACAAGGGCGUCAUUCUGCUGGUACGCAUAUUCGAGGGCAAGGUCAAAUCCGGGGAUCGAUUGGUCUCGUAUGUCACUGGACUGGAGUACAUUGCAGGUGAGGUCGGCAUAAUGUACCCACUCGAGAUGCCUCAACAGUGUCUGCGCGCGGGCCAAUUGGGUUACAUUUACAUGAACCCAGGCAUGAAGCGAAGUAAAGAGGCGAAGAUUGGCGACACAUAUACCACGGUUGCAUAUAAGAAGUGGGAUGUGGUCAAGCCGCUGCCCGGCUUUGUCGAGCCGAAGCCUAUGGUGUUCGUGGCAGCCUUUCCUACGGAUCAGGGAGACUAUGCACAUCUGGAGGACAGCAUCAACCAGGUCACGCUCAAUGAUCGCUCAGUUACGGUCAUGAAGGAGAGCAGCGAGGCACUCGGAGCAGGCUGGCGUCUCGGCUUCCUGGGCACUUUGCACUGCUCGGUGUUCGAAGAUCGUCUGAGGCAAGAACAUGGUGCAAACAUCAUCAUCACGCCGCCUUCAGUGCCGUUCAAAGUCAUUCGUCGGGAUGGAAAAGAAGAAAUCAUCACAAAUCCCAAUCACUUUCCAGAGAACCAAGAAGUACAUCAGACUGUUGCGGAGCUGCAAGAGCCAUAUGUCGAGACCACGAUCACCUUUCCUCAAGACUACCUGGGCGAGAUUAUCAAGCUCUGUGAGGCAAAUCGAGGCGAGCAGCAGUCCCUUAGUUUCUUCACCUCCACGCAGGUCAUCUUGAAAUACCUUCUGCCCCUGGAGCGGUUGGUUGACGACUUCUUUGGGAAGCUCAAGUCCGCCACGAAAGGUUAUGCAUCACUCGACUAUGAAGAUGCUGGGUACCGACAGUCCAACAUUAUCAAGCUUCAGCUCCAUGUCAAUAAAGUGCCUGUGGAUGCUGUCGCUAGGGUUAUCCAUUACUCCGAAGCUGAGAGACUUGGUAAAGCUUGGGUCACGAAGUUCAAGGAACACGUUGAUCGACAAAUGUUUGAGGUCGUCAUACAAGCUGUUGCUGGCAAGAGAGUCGUGGCGCGCGAGACCAUCAAGCCCUUCCGGAAAGAUGUGUUACAAAAACUGCACGCUGCUGAUGUCAGCCGAAGACGCAAACUAUUAGAGAAGCAGAAGGAGGGCCGACGCAAACUGAGAGCUGUCGGCAACGUUGCCAUUGACAACAAAGCUUUUCAGAGCUUUCUGGCUAAGUAAGCAGCUCGUUCUCGUAUAAAAAUCAGAUGCUCUCAAUUGCCAUGCAUGCUCUUGGGUCACAAAGGUCAUUGUUGCGACAUGUCCUCUCGAAGAUCAACGAUCAACGAUGAACUCAUCCGAUGAAUCGUGGUCCAGGUUUCCGCUGCUGUCCUUUCCCCACACGCCCACAGAACUUACCAAGAUACCAUUAAGACCGGCAAACCAUCAUGGAGUAUCCAGGUGGACGGGUAUAACUCGCUAUAAGCC